AUGUCAUACUGGCCAUCCCAGUUUAGCGACUAUGGCAGCAUCAAUGCCACCCAGAGUCAACCAGAAAAGCAAGAUCCUAAGGUGACAAAAGAGGCAUACAACCACCGCAUUCAGGAAUUGAAGUGGAGGUUUGAGGAAGAUGUAAAUGCCAUUGCAAACGAAUUUUCAGGUCAGCACGUACAUCGUUCCGCUGCUCAAAUUCGAGGCCAGAUCCUCUAUACGAUGGCAGAGGACAAAAAAACCCGGAGCCCGCAUAUUAGCAAUGCAUGGGCCCACACCACUGCAGAUGUGGGUCGCCUAGACACGGAAUCGUUCACAGACAUGCCAUACGAUACUGCUUACAUGGAUUUGUUAAGGGAUAUCAAGAUGGGGGUGGUUACCCAGGAGGAUGUGGGCAAUCCUCAGACGCCUGAGGAUGAAUACAACCACAAGUUACUGCUGGACGCAGUCUUGGUCAGUCGCCAACACUGUAUGGCCAAGAGGCACAUAAUAUCGCCUGAGCUUAGUGCCCACCGACUAGCGCUUCAUGCAAAGGACCAACUUCAAGAAACUGCUACCCCCAUUCAUGAGACAUGCGGCAUUGAGGUCCUUAUCAUGAUGAUGAAGAGCCUGGUUGAGGACAUCUUUACCCCGUAUGUGUGGGCAACACCGCAUGCCAAGGAGUAUUGGGCGGUUGGGGUGGCCCAAAACAUGACUUCUCGUGCCCAGGAGAUGGAAGGCUUCUGUAUAUCAAACGUUAGAGGCAUGGCCAAGGUCACUGAAGAGACGAUCAAGGAACUACGUAUCAGGCUAGCUAGCCUAACAACGGAUAGGCUUCGCAGUGCAGCGAAGGACAAAUUCGUUGGAAUGAAAUGGGAAAGGGAAGGGUAUCUUCAAUUGGUAUCUGGCUUGAAGCUCAAGAUCGAUUCAUACCUGUUUGAUGAGACAAAGGCACCAAAGUGGCUUAGAAAGGCGGAGUUGAUGAAACUAAUUGAAGGGUGGGAGCGUGGACCUAUCAAGUGGGUAACAGCAUCCAACGACGAAAUCAAGAGUGCCCAACGAGAACUAUCUCGACUUGCAAGGGAGAAAGUGGAUCGUACGGUGUUGUGGGGACAACUCCGUUACAUAUCCGCUGACGCUCCCGAUACUCAUUCUAUCACUAUCCAACACUCCAUACACUCACUCCAUAUUUUUCCAUAUUUUCCCCAUCAUUCCCGACAGCCCCAAGCCAAAUUCCCACGCCCAACCAUGCCGCCAAUUUCACCCCCUCUCCAGAUCUCCAUAACCACACAUACAGCCCAGCCAUUUUUCUACCCGUUGGUGAUGCUAUACCUUCCUCCUUUACCCCCGGAGCACUUCCCAGAAUGGCAACCCCAUAUUCGGAUGGCUCAGCAUGGUGUAUAG